UAGCAUCCCUGCGGAUGCAGCGGUACCGGGUUGGCGGCGAUGGACACAUCCCAAUCUGUGGGUGGCCCGCGCCACAGAGCAGGAGUGUAGCGGAUGUGCCGCCGUGUACCGGGACGGGGGGUGACAGCCGCAGCCCGGCGGGUUGCUGGGGCAGCUCGGGGCCGCCAGGCUGCGCUCUCGGUCCGGCCGCCGCUCCUGCCGCCCUCCCCGGGCGGGCGACCGGGGCUCGGGGCACGGCGGAGCGGGCGGUCCCGGGACGGCGGCGGUGGCACCAUCGGCACCAGCACCUGCGGCUGCGGGGAGAGGCAGGGCUCGGCCGCCCGCUCGGCGCCCCUCGCCCGGCCCGGCAUGACGCGGCGGCGCCCCGGCGGCGGAGGGAGGUGGGUGCCGGUAGCCUUGGCCGCGCUCCUGGCCCUGCGAGGUCUGGUGAGUCCUCUGGAGGUGUCAGUCAGUUCAGGGAGUAUCCAGGUUGCACGAGGCCAGACAGCAGUAUUGCCCUGCACCUUCACCACUAACGCUGCUCUCACUAACCUUAAUGUCAUCUGGAUGGUCAUUCCUCUUUCUAACGCCAACCAGCCUCAACAGGUUAUUCUCUACCAAGGGGGUCAGAUCUUUGGUGGUGCACCCCAAUUCUAUGGGCGAGUGGGGUUUGCUGUGACAAUGCCAACCACCAGUGCCUCGAUCUUCAUUAACAACACUCAGCUAUCGGAUACUGGCACAUACCAGUGCUUAGUCAACAAUCUUCCAGACCGAGGCGUCAGGAAUAUUGGAGUCAUUGGACUUACUGUCUUGGUUCCUCCAUCUGCCCCGCUUUGCAGAAUCCAGGGGUCCCUGGACGUGGGCAGCGAUAUCACACUGACCUGCAGCUCGGAAGAAGGCAUUCCCCGACCAACAUACCUCUGGGAGAAACUGGACAAUGUUCCCAAGUUACCCCCAACUGCCACACAAGACCAAGUCCAGGGCACUGUCACUCUCCGAAAUAUCAGCACUGUGUCCUCAGGUCUUUACCAAUGUGUGGCUUCAAAUGCCAUUGGAACCAGCACUUGCCUUCUGGACCUGCAAGUCAUUGCACCCCAUCCCCGAAGUAUAGGCCUGAUUGCAGGAGCAGUGGCCACAGGUGCUGUCGUGCUCGUGGUUUGCAUUGUGUUGGUGGCCGUGGCACUGUUUUACUGGAAAAAUAAACACAAAGAAGAAGAGGAGGAGGAGAUUCCCAAUGAGAUAAGGGAAGAUGACCUGCCGCCAAAAUGUUCCUCUACUGCGAAGACAUUCCAUGCUGAUGCAUCCUCAUCGGAGAACGACACCCUCACCUCCUCCAACACCUACAACAGCCGCUACUGGAACGACCCCAAAGCCAACCAUGCCACAGACUCCUUCACCCGCUUCAGCAACGCCAACGACAGCCACCAGCCCCCUUUCUCCCGCUCAGGGAGCACGAGCACCCGUCCCGUCUACGCCAACGGCGGCCACCCAUCCCCGGCUCCCCCUAAGACGCUGGUGGUGACGGCCAGCACGGCACCGUCCCCUCAGGAGGUGAUGCGCAGCAAUGGCUCAGUCAGCAGGAAGCCACGGCUGCCACACACUCGCUCCUAUGCUGUCAGCCAAGCCACGCUGGAGCGCAUCGGGGCUGUCCCCGUCAUGGUGCCCGCUCAGAGCCGCGCUGGCUCCCUUGUGUAGGGCCGUACCGGCAGCUGAGAGCCAAGCAAGGGACCUCUCCCACCUGGUGGGGGCAAAGAGACCCUACUCCUUCCUGAAAGGCAGCGAGGUAGCAGGGGACACACACACACACACACUUGCCUCUUGCCCUGCACUCCCCUCCGGAGGCUGCUGCUGGCUAGUGGGACAUCCUCGGCUGUGCCGCAUUGGAGCUCCUUGUGCCGGUGGAUGCCGCAGAUGUGCCAAGGCCGGAGGAGCAGGGAUGUUGGGAUGUGCUCCCCAGCUGCUGAGCACUGGCUGGGAUGUGCACCCAGCCCUGACUUUGGGGGGACUUUUGCUUUUGUUUCCCUCUAGGGAUUGAUUCCAUCCAUUUGGGUCUUUCAGGGAGGUUUGGGGAGAUAUAUAUAUAUUAUUUUUUUC